GGUCUUGCCACAUUGGGGGUCGCCGUCAACGAUCGAAGAUUGUUCAACCUACGAGGAAGCUACUGAGCAUUGUGCCAGACAGUAAGAGAAUUAGGCUACUUGAUCGACACAGGAAGUGGUUCCACACAUUUCCCGAUUCACAACCUCGCCACAUCAACCACCUCCUACUCAAACAUUCGAACAUCAGGGUUCUAUAUCCCCCUUUCUGGGUCCCCACAUUGAAAGGAUGAAAGAUAAAAUUAAGAAAGAGUUGAAAAUAUGUGUAAUUGGUGCGGGGAUGGGUGGCUUAUGCUGCGCACUCGCCCUUGCACAUUAUGGAUUCGAAAAUAUCGAGGUGUUUGAGACAGCAUCCAACCUGGGGUUCGUCGGUGCCGGCAUCCAGCUCGCACCAAAUAUGUCACGGAUCCUUGACAGGCUCGGUGUUUGGAAGGAUAUUGAGAAAGAAGCUGUUUUGGUUAAAGAAACAAGCAUAAGAGACGGAGCAAGUGACGGAGAGCUGGCCCACGUGGAGCUGGACUACGUCUACGAGACUUAUGGAUAUCCUCAUAUGGUUGGCCACAGAGCUUCGUUGGCUAGUGGGUUAUACAAUGGUUGCAAAGCUCAUAAAGUUAUCAAAUUUAACUUUUCAACAGGCUUGAAGGAUGUAAAAUCGUUUGCACCAAAAGUCACAUUUACAGCUGUCCCACGACAAGGAGAACCGUAUGAAGUUGAAUGCGAUAUCUUACUGGCCGCAGACGGCAUCAAGAGCAACACUCGGAGAGACAUGCUCAAGCUACUCAACGUCUCAGCCGAUAUUCAAGAUACAGACCAAGCAGCGUACCGCAUCGUGCUGAAUCGGACGCAAUUGGAGCAUGACCCUGAAUUGCUCGAGCUCAUCGACAGCGAGCGUGUAGUACGAUGGAUCGGAGAACGGCGGCACAUCAUUGCCUACCCGGUCUCAAACAACACCGUCUACAAUCUUUCUACAACCCAACCGGACGUCAAUUUUGCCGCCACACCGACAGAAACUUACACUACCAAAGCUUCGAAACCAGCCAUGCUUAAAGUCUUUGCAGACUUCUGUCCGAAGGUGCAGCGAAUGCUCAACCUGGUUCCAGAAGGUGAGGUUUGCGAAUGGAAACUCCGUGUCCACGGCCCGUUGCCAACCUGGGUUCAUGGGUCCGUGGCCCUAGUCGGGGAUGCGUGUCAUCCUACGCUUCCACAUCUCGCUCAAGGUGCUGCACAGGCUAUCGAGGAUGCCGCCGUUCUUGCUAUUGUCCUUGCUAAACUACCGGAUUCCUCUCCCGAAACAAUUAAUAAAACGCUGAGAGUAUAUGAAAGUGUCAGAAAAGAGCGAGCGGAGAUGCUGGUUGAGUGGGCCGCAGCUUCGGCAAGAGAACUGCAUUUGGGGAAGGGAGCUGCGAAGGAGGAGAGGGAUAGGCAGUUUGCAGAGCUGAAGGCUAAGGGUGGGAAAGCGAGGGUUCCUGAUAAGUGGGCGGAUGCGGACGUACAGAAGGUUGUUUAUGGUGUCGACUGUAUGAAAAUUGCCGAGGAAAGGUUUGAUGAGCUGUAUAGGAGCAUGUAGUUGUUAAUUUUGGUGCUUUUGAUAAUCCCUCAUGACUCACGCUCAAGCUGACAGGGGUUUCGCGCUUUACAUUUACUACAGUCCUUCAACUGCAACAAAUGGCC